GUUCAAAGAUCCGAAAUUCAGACGAUGGAAAGACGCAUUUCGGCAACUGGCGUCGAUCAUUUGCCCCUUGAGCGAUCUCCCUACCACCCCUCGUGAGUCAAAGGUCAGUACAGCACGUUUAUAAUGUACGAUGCACUAUCUUGCAGCGAUGACGAUGCUUGUCGGUAGGUAGAUAAGGGUUUCCCAGACAAGGAAGGGUUUGUAUAGCAACGGUGGCGGAAGAUCCUCCCUUCCAGGGUCUUUGCAGGGAUGAGGGUAGCACACCUUGCAUCGCUCCCCUCCAAAGCCUAGAUGUGCAGGGGAUGAGCCGGGAAUAUAAAUGAGGAUGCUUGUCUCCAUCCCCAGGUUCACGCAUUCCAGUUUUCUUCGCAUUCCUAAUUUGACUGACACAUUUCCCCUCCGAUUUCCCCAAGAAUGUUCUUUCGACAUGCACUCGUUGCCACCACGGCAUUUCUAUCCGUAUCGACGGCGCUCCCAGCAGUCGAACACAGCCCUUCUUCCCACUUAUUGUCUCUACGUGAUGAUACGCAGUGCGGACCACGGAGUGCCUACUAUGUCUGUUACCUGAACCAUUUCCGAGGCUGCUGCUCGGUUGAUCCCUGCGCUUUGGAGGCUGGUUGUCCCGACAACAAUCACCACAGUCACCCGAACGAUCACAGCUUCAAUCUGUCUGCUGCCGAAGAAGUCCGACCAGUCUGCUCUCCGUCGGGGACGCAGAUCUUCCAACCGCAGAUGGAGAUCAUCUUCCCGACCGAUCCGGCCGUGGACUCGAUCACCACCGCGAACCUGAACCUGUCCCGCUCCGCUACCACGCAGUGGAAUCAACUGAUGAGUUUCAACUUGCCCAGCGAGGCCCGCCAGUGCACGAUCGGAUGGACGAUCCCCGCCCGCCGUAACUUCACCGCUGGCUCCAACGCCCUGGUGCGGGUCAUCGAGCAUCUCGCCCCCGGGAAUUCAACCCGCAUCGGUGCUGCCGACUUCUCCUUCUGGCCGGACACCCCCGGACCCCAUGAGGCUCUCGUUGGAACCACAGCCUGCAAGGAGCACUUGCAGUUCCAGUUGAUCUUGGAGCAUCGCGAUACCGUCUUCAUGGAGCAGAAUGAGAGGACCGGCUGGUGGGUGCGCUACACCUGUUGAUGGGGAGUGGCUCGUGGGUGAAUCGAUUAGCUUGGUGAUGGUGACUUUCUUGUAUUUUGACUUGGGACAUGGCUUGGUGUUUGGUAGAUAGGUAUAUAGAAGUAAUGACUGAUAAUGAAAUCCUGUGAUGAUGAUCUUGUUCAAGCAGAUCUGCUCUCCU